UAUUAUACGUGUAAUUAGGGCUCCAUAUCUACACACAAAUCUCCCUUUCAUCCGUUAUUUCUCAAAUCCAGCUUCUUUUUAGCUCAUUUUAUUACUUUAAUAAAUAAUAAUUCGAUUGUUGUAAUUCCAAGCUCCGUUAAAACCGCUUAUGGUUAGGUUAUGAAGAAUACACCCGACGGGACAGAUUCAAGUUCAACUGAUUCCCCAAAUAGAAUUUGUGCUUUCAUCUGUUCUGAGGCAGGACCAAGCAACCACAGAUCUUUAAAGUCCUCUUUGUGGUCAGGAUUCUUGGUAUCUGCCUUUUCAGUUUUUAAUACUCAUAGUGAGUCUAGGGAUUUCCAGAAGAAGAACCAACAAAUCAGUACCAGAGGUCAUGGUUGGACUGCAGCUGUGAAGAGAGUUAUAAACUCUGGUUCAAUGAGGAGGAUUCAGGAGCGGGUUUUGGGGUGCAAGACUAUUUCUAACUCCUUGAGUGAUAUAUGGCUUCUAGGAGUUUGCUAUAAAAUUUGUUUGGAAGAUCCAUCUCAAGAACCAGUUAAUACCAUUGGAUAUGCUACAUUUUCUGAAGAUUUUUCUUCACGAAUCUUGAUGACAUACCGCAAAGGUUUUGCGCCUAUUGGCGAUUCAAAAUAUACAAGUGAUGUAAAUUGGGGAUGCAUGGUUCGAAGUAGUCAGAUGCUUGUUGCUCAGGCAUUGGUAAUGAAUCGACUAGGCAGAUCUUGGAGGAAGCCUUUGCACCAGCCUUUUGAUCGACAUUAUAUCGAAUUAAUACACAUGUUUGGUGAUUCUGAGGAUUCACCUUUCUCCAUUCAUAAUCUUCUUAAAUCUGGUGAGGGGUAUGCGCUUGCUCCAGGAUCAUGGGUGGGCCCAUAUGCCAUGUGUCGCACCUGGGAGACUCUUGCACGUCGCAAGUUAGAGGAAAAUCAAGCAGAUAAAUCAAUUCCAAUGGCCAUAUAUGUUGUCUCUGGAGAUGAAGAUGGUGAACGUGGCGGAGCUCCAGUUCUUUGCAUUGAAGAUGCCUUAAGAAAUUGUUCUGAAUUUUCAAGAGGCCAAGCUGAGUGGUCACCUAUCCUCUUACUGGUUCCUUUGGUUCUAGGUCUUGACAAAGUAAAUCCUAGGUACCUACCAUUGCUGGCUGCCACAUUCACCUUUCCCCAGAGCAUUGGCAUUUUGGGGGGUAGGCCUGGUGCUUCAACGUAUCUAAUUGGCGUGCAAGAUGAUAAAGUAUUUUAUCUUGAUCCCCAUGAAGUUCAACAGGCAGUUAACAUAACUAAAGAUAAUCUGGAGGCUGAUACCUCAUCGUAUCACUGCAGUGUUAUACGGCAAAUUCCUCUUGAAUCCAUCGACCCAUCACUGGCCAUUGGGUUUUAUUGCCAAGACAAAGGUGAUUUUGAUGAUUUUUGUUCACGGGCAACUGAGCUGACAGAAAAAUCAGAUGGUGCUCCACUAUUCACAGUAACUCAUACUCGUGAUUCACCAAGGUCGAGCAGCAUCAGUGGGGCUCAGGAGGCUGAUUCCUUCGAUGUACCUGAUGAUACUGAAGGCACUGCACAAGAUGAUUGGCAGCUUCUUUGAUUUGCUUGCACAAUAUUCGUUUGAUUCAGGGUUUGCAGAAAGCGCACAUAGUUCAUGUAUGUGCGCACAUAGUUUCUUCUUCGGUCAUGUAUGUGGUUUUUGUCUAACCUUACUGGGUAGUUCAAUACAGAAACUGUACUAGGUGUUUGUAUAUAUGUAAACCUCGGAGUUGUUAGGUUUUGGAUGUGUUAGAAGAUGUUGCAAAAUGAAGUGUUCAUAUUCUUUUACAAA